GGCUCUCUCAAGUACAGUCUACGAAAAGACCUGCUAGAGCCAUUAUUGCACCACAUGCAGGAUACACUUACUGUGGGUCUUGUGCAGCUCAUGCAUACAAACAAGUGGAUCCUUCAAUUACACGGCGAAUCUUCAUCCUUGGGCCUUCCCAUCAUGUGCCCCUCUCCAGAUGUGCACUUUCCAGUGUGGACAUAUAUAGAACUCCCCUAUAUGAUUUGCGAAUUGAUCAGAAGGUUUAUGCAGAUUUGUGGAAGACUGGAAUGUUUGAGCGUAUGUCUUUGCAAACAGAUGAAGAUGAGCACAGUAUUGAAAUGCACUUGCCUUACACUGCUAAAGCCAUGGAAAGGUCAGAGGUUCAGAUACAGUUACUAUGAUGAGUCCCAAGGAGAGAUUUAUAGAUCAAUUGAACACUUAGAUAAAAUGGGUAUGAACAUUAUAGAACAGCUUGACCCUGUGUCCUUUAGCAAUUACUUGAAGAAAUACCACAAUACAAUAUGUGGAAGACAUCCUAUUGGUGUUUUACUAAACGCUAUCACAGAGCUCCAGAAGAAUGGAAUGAACAUGAGCUUUUCAUUUUUGAAUUACGCUCAGUCAAGCCAGUGUCGAAACUGGCAAGAUAGCUCAGUGAGUUAUGCAGCAGGAGCAUUAAUGGUCCACUGAACCUCUGACUACUCAGGGAUGACACCUGCACACUCAAUGGGGUCCCAGCCUUGCCCUUGCAAAGAUGCAGUUCCUGAUCUUUGGGUAUACUGAAACCUCAAACUAAUAGAACUCUUCUUUUUUUCUAGUAGGUGUAGUCCUUCCUUAGUUACAACUCAUUUUAAAAAUGCUUUCUUGUUUAGGACAAGGGAGGAAGGCUGGUGUCAAAAUGUUGUGACUUCUAAAAACCAGUGGCUAUAAAGGUAUGGUGACAGACGGUCCUUGCAAAAUACAACAUGUAAAGCAUUUACCACAUCCCAGAUUUGCACUCUGCAGACCUGUGCACAUACUCUGCUUUCAGAAUAGUUUUGCAAGUUUAAACAGAAAAGGAUGGAAGCUUUUUAAUAAAAAAAAAUGCAUUUAUAAAAGAUCCUGUAUUAGAAUAUAAUAAAACUCCAGUAUAGUCAAUUACUACCCGUGUUGUACAACAAAUAUCUUCUAUUUUAGUUGCUAAUAAAGGGCUGCACAACCAAAA